AUGUCACUUGGAAGCGGCCUCUCCAUCACCUCCGUUGCUGGAAAUUGCGGUAAACUACUCCUAAUCAAACUCAAUUCCCAUCUAACCAACCUCACUCGCAACCACCGCUAUUCAGAUGCCCUCCAUCUCUUCCACCAUAUCCAUUCCUCUCAUCUCAUCAGACCCGACCAUUACACCCUCUCCGCCGCCAUCACCGCCUGCGCCAACUCCCGUGACGCCGCCGUGGGAUCCCAGCUCCAUGCCUACGCGAUUGGUGCCGGGCUCACCGUCUUCCAUCACGUUGCGAAUACUCUGCUUUCUCUCUACUCAAAAUCACUAGACUUGAGAUCAGUGAAGCUGGUUUUCGACGAGAUUGACAACCCAGAUGUCUAUUCGUGGACUACAUUGUUAUCGGCGUGUACAAAGCUUGGGGAUAUUUCGUAUGCUUGCCAUGUGUUCGAUCAAAUGCCGCACAGAAGUGUGGCUAUUUGGAAUGCUCUGAUCACGGGUUGUGCGGAUAAUGGGUGUGAUGAGCUUGCCUUGAAUUUGUUUAUAAAAAUGCAUUCUUCGGGUGUCAGGCAUGAUAACUAUAGUUUGGCUAGUGUUUUAAGUUUGUGUUCUCCGGAGCUCUUGGAUUUUGGAGUGCAAUUGCACUCCCUGAUUAUCAAGACUGGGCUGCUGGCUAGAGCUUCUGUUUUGAACUCUUUGCUUACGAUGUACUUCACUUGCCAAAGAGUUGACGAUGCUUUUGGAGUUUUCGAAGAGGGGGGAGAUUUUGAGUUUGACCAGAUAACUUAUAAUGCAAUGAUUGCUGGUCUAGUAGGCAUGGAAAGAGAUAGAGAUGCCUUCCUAAUGUUUAAGAAUAUGCAAAAUGCCGGUCUUUGGCCUACCAACUUGACUUUUGUUAGUAUAAUGGGUUCGUGUUCUUGUUCAAUGGAAGCAAUUCAAGUUCAUGCGCAAGCUGUAAAAAUGGGUUUUGAAGACUCUACUUCUCCGGAUGAGUUCACAAUUGGAAGCUUAUUAGUUGGCUCAGAGGGUCUUGAAGUUGUGGAGAUUAUUCUUGCUGCUGUCACAAAAAGUGGGCUUGUUUUGAAGGUGGAGGUUUCAAAUGCAUUGCUUUCUGCAUUUUCCAGGCAUGGUUGCAUUGAUAAAGCCUUCCAACUGUUCAGUCACAUGAAUUGCAGAAAUUUUAUUUCCUGGAAUACUCUGAUUUAUGGAUAUCAUUUGAAUGGACUGCCUAUGGAGGGUUUGAGGCAAUUUUCUCAACUAGUAAUGUCUGGGAUCAUUCCUAACACUUCUACUCUCUGCAUUGCUCUGAAUAUCUGUGCUGGCACCUCAGCUCUACGGCAUGGGAAACAGGUGCACAACUACAUUUGCAAGAUGGGAUAUUCUUACGAGACAUCCUUGAAUAAUGCUCUUAUUACCUUGUAUGCCAAGUGUGGCAUUUUGGAUUGGUCGUCGAGGGUUUUUCAGAAAAUGACGACAAAAGACACAAUAACAUGGAACUCUAUGAUAUCUGCCUAUAAGCAACAUGGUGAAGGUUGGGAGGCUGUGCGUUGUUUUGAGAUGAUGCAACGGUGUAAAGUAAGACCAGAUGUAGCAACCUUUACAGCAGUUCUUUCAGCUUGUAGCCAUUCUGGUUUAGUCUCUGAUGGUUGUCGAAUCUUCAGUUCUAUGGUCAGUACGUACGGAAUUGAGCCAGAUUUAGACCAUUUUUCUUGCAUCAUUGACCUUCUAGGUCGAGCUGGUUUUCUUGACGAGACUGAAACAUUAAUAAGCGGGUUACACAUCGAGAUAGAUUCAAGUGUGUGGUGGACAUUGUUUAGUUCUUGUGCAGCUCAUGGUAACUUAAGGCUUGGAAGAAUAGUUGCCGGCAUUCUGCUCGAAACUGAACAGCAUGAUCCUUCGAUUUAUGUGCUUCUGUCGAAUAUAUACGCAGAUGCAGGGGAGUGGAAAGAGUCUGCAAAUGUACGAGAAUUGAUGAAGAAAUGUAGAGUGCUGAAACAACCUGGGAGUAGUUGGAUCAGGUCAUAG